AUGGCGAAAGGAAAGAUAUCGUUAAGAAGAGAUGUGGUUCUGGUCCUGUUCGUCAUAUUUUAUGCUGUUAGAUCUGAAAAAAAUUCUCAGGACAGAUUUGCAGGAUACCAGAUUUUCGUAUCUAAUACAGCCAACAUGCCAAAAGACGGUGUCCUCUGUUACGAGGACACUAGUAGUACUAAAAGUGCGGUACAGCUGGUGAUGACACACUUGUGCCCGUAUGUAGGUCGGUAUGUAACCGUUUACAACUAUAGAAACAACCCAAAACGAUACAGCUGGUAUAGUAAUGACGCUCUUCUGGAGUUGUGUGAGGUACAGGUGUUUGGAUGUCAAGUAGGGAGAUACGGUGACGGAGACUGUGACAAUCAGUGUCCAGGGGAGUGUUAUGGCGGUAACUGUAACUCCAAAACAGCUGCCUGUUUCUAUUGCUUCACCGGAAAAUAUGGCAACCACUGUAGCUUGAAUUGUCCUACGAAUUGUAAAGACAACGUUUGUUCGAAGGACACUGGCAUUUGUUUUGAUUGUGUUCCUCAGAAGUGCGGCAUCAGAUGUGAACAGAAUUGUUCUACGAAUUGCCUGGAUAGUCUAUGUGAGAAUGUGAACGGCUACUGUUACGAAUGUAUUCCUGGGAAGUUCGGUAAUACAAGGUGUGAUCAGAACUGUCCAGAAAAUUGCAAUAAAACAUUGUGUGAAAAGACCACAGGAUACUGUUUAGAUUGCAUUCCUGGAAAACAUGGAAACACAUGUGAUCAGAACUGUCCUGGAAAUUGUAAGGAUAUGUUGUGUGAAAAGUCCACGGGAAACUGUAUUGAUUGUGUUCCUCAGCGGUACGGCAUUAAAUGUGAACAGGAAUGUUCUACAAAUUGCCAGGACCGACUGUGUGAGAAAGUCAAUGGGAGCUGUAAUGACUGUAUUCCUGGAAGGCACAGUACUAACUGUGAUCAGAGCUGUUCAGAAAAUUGUAAGGACACAUGUGAACGGGACAAUGGAUCCUGUACAGACUGUAUUCCUGGAAAGCACGGCACUAACUGUGAUCGGAACUGUCCAGGAAAUUGUAAGGACAUGCUGUGUGAACGGGACAAUGGAUCCUGUAAAGUGCGUUUGUCGCCUGUUUGUUAUGCCUACUUCGCCGCCAUGCUGGCGGAAGUGGUCUUAUUUAAUAAAGAAAAACUUAAGUCUGGUCUGAGGCCACAUGAGUCGUUAAUAGAAGCCGAAUUCAUUGAUGAUAUGUGUAUUGUGUUCCUCAGCAGUACGGCACUAGAUGUGAACAGGACUGCUCCACGAAUUGUCAGGAUCGACUUUGUAAGAAAAUCAACCGGAACUGUUUUAGUGAACCUCGCUUGA